CCAGGACUCAAUGCUAUCGAAUCCUCAGAAGUGUAGUUUGGUGAAGCAGGGGAGGCGAAAGACUUGUUGCUAAAGUGCAACAAUUCUCCAGUGCGGAUGUUCCCCGCUGAAGAUUGAAGCGAUGAGCAAAGGAAGGGGGAAUAAACUCCAGAACUUCCAUGUCCCGUGAUGCAGUGCGCUCUGAGGGUUUGCUCGCUCUGCCUCUGGAAGGUCUCUCCGGGCUGACCUCUCCCCCUUGACAACUUCUCUCUGGAGCGUGUUUCCUGCGCCCGCCCGCGGCUUUUCCUUCUGCCCUUUCCAUUGGCCGAGGCGAGACCCUGGGGCCGAGCGAGGAGCCUUUGGCCCGCCUUCCCGUCCCCUCUUCUGUAGACUCGCAGGUCUGAGCUGAAAAGUGUCAUUGGGGCAAAGGGACUUCAUCUGCACGAAGAUCAAUCAAGCGAAGGUGAAGAUGUGGACUGCAGUUGUGAAAUAUUUAUUAAGACUGAAAGUCCAUCAAGAUUGUUGUCAAACUCUGCUACAAGCACAAAAGGCCAAGUUCAGUCAUCUAAGGCGUUUCUCUCUGAGCAGGAGGCCUUGGCAACAUUCUUCUGGGAUAGCACGGGCAAGUCAAACUUUUGACAUGAGUGCAGCCAUCCAGAAUGUUGAAACUCUGGAAGCAAAUCAGUUUAUUUGUGUUCAUUGGGAAGAUGGAAGUAAAAGCCUUUAUCCCUCUGUGUGGCUACGAGACAACUGCCAGUGCCCUGACUGCUAUUUACACACUGCUAAAGCACGCAAACUGCUUCUUGAAAAUCUAGAUAUCAACAUUGAGGCAAAGGAUAUUGGUGUGACAGAAAGGAAAAAGGUGUACAUUAUAUGGCCAGAUGACCAUACAAGUGAAUUUGAGGCUGAAUGGCUGAAAAAAAGAUGUUUUUCUGAACAAGCAAGAGCACAAGUCCAAGAAGAGUUGUUUUUACCAGAACGUCAGUGUUGGGAUUCUGAUCUUCAGCUUCCAACGAUGGCCUUUGAAGAGGUCCUGCAUAGUGACACAAGUGCAUACAAAUGGUUGACCACCCUUAAAAAGGUGGGAAUCGUGCUGCUAACAGGAGCUGCUAGUAGACAAGGAGAGCUGCUUAAACUUGGGCAACGAAUUGGAUUCCUCCGCCUGACAUUUUACGGGCCUACUUGGCAAGUCCAGGACAAAACAGAUGCUAACAAUGUGGCGUAUACCACUGAGAAGCUAAGUUUUCACACCGACUAUCCUGUUCUUCAAUUUCCACCUGGGGUUCAGUUGCUGCAUUGCAUAAAACAAACUCCUGCUGGAGGUGAAAGUGAAGUUGUGGAUGGAUUUCAUGUAGCGAAUAAGCUUAAGGAACUAAAUCCUCAAGCCUUCAAAAUCCUGACCUCCACCUUUGUAAAUUUCACAGAUGUUGGAGUUGAUUACUGUGAUUUCUCCAUGGAAUCCAAGCAAAAAAUUAUAGAUAUAGAUGAAAAGGGCCAAGUGAUUCGUAUCAACCUUAAUAAUGCAACCAGAGACACUAUAUUUGACGUACCUGCUGAAAAAGUAAAGCCAUUUUACGCUGCUCUCAAGGAUUAUGUUAAUCUCUUAAACAGUACAGAUAACAAAUUUACCUACAAAAUGAAACCAGGUGAAAUAGUGGUGUUUGACAACUGGCGCUUACUUCAUGGUCGGCAGAGCUAUCAGUCCGGAAAAGAAAUAUCUCGUCACCUCGAAGGUGCCUAUGCAGAUUGGGAUGUGGUCAUGUCACGACUCCGAAUCCUACAGAAGAAUGUUCUGAGCAGAAAGCAAUUGUGAAGCUACUGGAGCCUUUCAGCCUGUUCAAGCGGUGAAUGGUUCUUCCAUAAAUACCAGUGGAUCAAGUAUGUGUCCAGUGAUUUGGGUAAAAUUCCUGGCUAACAUUGUUGUAUCUAUUCUAUCGGAUUAGCACUGAUUUUUAACCACAGUAGUAUGUAGAUGUUCUUUCAUACUGACUAAUAAAUUGACAACUUUCUAGUUUUUCAGGGAGAUGUGGCCAAUAAAGCUGUAAAUCUUAGUAUCCAGUUAAAGGACUGUGAUUUCACAGACACAGUGGCAAAUAAAUCAAAGCAAUUGGGCAUUUUUGCUUCUUGUUUAGUGGAAAAUCCUUCUUUUAUUCCUGACAGAAGGAAUGUGUAACCUUUCAAAUUUUGAUCUGCAGGUAUUAUUUAUUGUUUUAAAUUGACUUUAUUGUACACCACACUGAAAUCCUUGGCUACAGGACAAGAUAUUUUAAAAACUAUUCAAUUUUAUUAAUAACUAAACUUCCUAUCACUCUUCAUCAUUGAGUAUGCUGACUAGGUCUGAAGGAGUUGCAGGACGACAUUGGGAAGGUUACAUUCCCCACUGCACCCUAUUUACUCUUCAAAGUUGUAUUGCUUGUUUUCUGGAAACAAGGACAUCUUGUCAGCCUUUGGGGGAAAUACUGAUCUUUUGACUGUUCCUCUAUAUGUUUGUAUGGUUUGAUGCUUUUAAAAUAUUUUACUCAUG